AUGACGCCACGAGAAGAUAUAGGCUAUAAAAUUCUUUACAUUUUGGCUGCUAGGACAUCAGAAGAUUCUCCAUGGAUGCCUGAAGAUCAACUAAUUACAACAUUACUCAAUAAUCAACCAAUUAUUCCAAAUAUGAAUUUAGCAUUAGUUAAAUCUGUCAUUCAAGAAAUGGUUUUGCAUAGUAUUCUUGCUAUAAAAGGAAAUUAUCUUUCUUUACUUUCAAAAUCAACAUAUCAGGAACAAUAUGAAUUUGCACAAAAACUUAUUAAAGAAAAACAAGCUAUAUACAACUCAACAAUUAUUCGUAAUCUUGCAUUACAAGUACAAAAGAAUCAAGUUGUACCUGAAAUUAAAAUUGAUGUUCCAAAAGUCGCAGCACCAGAGCAAAAUAUUCCAGUCAAGCAUACAGAAACGCAUAAUAAAGUUGCUGUUUUAAGGAAAGAUGCACCUAUUCUACCGCAAGUCAAUACUAAUAUAUCUCAAGCCAAAACUAAUACUUCAAAGAAGACUAAAUCAAAGUUUGAAGAAGAUGAUAGUGAAUCAUCGUCAUCUUCAUCCGAGUCUUCUUCAUCAGAAUCUUCUUCUGAAUCUUCAUCUGAAAAUUCCGAUGAAUCAUCUGAUGAAUCAAUCGAAUCUACAAAAGAACAAGAAGAGAAGAAACCAGAACCAAAGAAGAAAGCUCCUGCUAAGAAAUCAGAGAAGAAAACAGAAAAACCAAAGCCAAAGCCUAAACCAAAGACUACACGCAGAAAGAAGAAAGAGGAACCUUCAAAGAAGAAUUUGGGCCCAGAUGUUUUUAUUACUAGUACUGGCCGUGUUUCAAUUAGAAAAUCUUAUAAUUAUGAUUAA